GCGAGAUAGCGGCGUAUAUGCUCGCUCGUCGGCUGGUAGCCUGGUACUCGACCCAGCCACAGCCUGGUUGCUUGGCGUCCUCGUUGCCUUACCCUUCCAAACGAGCUCCAUCGUCUCCACUUUCCACAGCCCACCUCCACCUACCGCAGCAGCAAGGGCCCUUGUCGCGCGGCGGCGGCGGGGAGGAUGUCAUCGCCGCCGGCACCGGUAUUCGAGAGGCUGGCCGGGAUCCGGCCCCUCGCCGAGUCCGGCCGCUUCAAGGCAUGGUUCCUGGACCAGUUCGGUGUUCUUCAUGACGGGAAGAAACCCUACCCGGGCGCCAUUUUGGCAUUGGAGAAGCUCGCUGGGAAUGGCGCCAAGAUGGUGAUAAUCAGCAAUUCCUCAAGGCGGUCGUCUGUAACCAUGGAGAAGCUGCAGAGCCUUGGGUUUGACACGUCUUGUUUCCUCGGGGCGAUCACCAGCGGGGAACUCACCCAUCAGUACCUUGACAAGAGGGAUGACCCAUGGUUUGCAUCUCUGGGAAGGAAGUGUGUCCAUCUGACAUGGGGCAAUCGAGGUGCAAUUUCUCUGGAGGGACUUGGUUUGCAAGUUGUGAACAAUGUUGACGAUGCAGAGUUUAUACUAGCCCAUGGUACUGAAGCCCUGGGUUUACCUUCUGGUGAUCCACUUUCGAAAAGUCUUGAGGAGCUUGAGCAGAUUCUAGUGCUUGGUAUACAAAAGCGACUUCCAAUGGUGGUAGCUAAUCCAGAUUAUGUCACUGUUGAAGCUCGAAACCUGCGUGUCAUGCCUGGCACCCUGGCAGCAAAAUACGAGAGUCUUGGUGGUGAAGUAAAAUGGAUGGGGAAGCCUGAUAAGGUUAUCUAUACAUCAGCAAUGUCCCUAGCAGGUGUUGAAGCACACGAAUGUAUCACCGUAGGUGAUUCGCUGCACCACGACAUCAAAGGCGCAAAUGGAGCCGGAAUGGCAUCUGCAUUCAUCACUGGAGGUAUCCAUGCGGCUGAACUUGGACUCGGUGAAUUUGGAGAAACUGCUGGAGAUGAUGCCGUCAGUGCGUUGUGUUGCAAGCAUAGCUCAUACCCAUCUUACGUUUUGCCUUCAUUUGCAUGGUAGAAAACACGGUUUAGAUUCAGGCACACCGUUUAAACGGGAUUGCGGUCUAGGAUAAUGAUGCUCUUUUCAGUUGUCAAAGUGAGCAUCAAGACCGUGGAGGUGUUUCAGUGCCGCGCUAAAUUAUUAGCGUUAUGCAUUUUCCGGAAAUAAAAUAUCUGUUGAUUUGAUUGAUAAGAACUACAUGCAAUCAUGUGUGGAGGAAUCA